AAGAAGUGUCCAAACUCCACAUCAUUUUUCCUAUACAUACAUCAUCCCACCAUUAUCAUUAUGGAACACCUGAUGGACAUGGAAAUCAUGGAGAAGGCUACUGAUGCAGAGACUGCCCUCAAACAGAUAAAGGAGUGUAUCCAAUACAAGGACAGUAAGGGCCUAAAGACAGUGAUACUGGAACACAAACUCAAGGACCAGUCUGUAUUCUGGGAAAUCGCAUCAGAAUUGACUGCCAAUUUGACAGAGGAAAACUUGGAAGCAUCUGAGUAUUUCUUUGAGACUUGUCAGAGGUGCUUGAACUACAUUAUUGAAAAUGGCAACCCAAAAGAGCUGCUCCUAGCCAUUCUGGAGCAGGCUGAUUCUUUCAAAGAUGACCAAAAAUUUAAAUGUAUUAUGGAGAGUGUGCAAAAGAUUUUGUUGAAGUUGCCAAGUAAACGUCAUCAUUCAUUGGAUAUCACCUUGGAAACUCUCUCAGCUCAUAUAGAGGCUCUCCCAGAGCCCAAGGACCAUAAUCUUGAUAAAGAGGAAAGAAAGUUGCUGGAGAUGGAUUCAUCUGUCAUGAGAGCUACAGAUGUAGUCCUGUGUUAUCUAGAGUUCUUAAGUCCUUUUGUGGAAGAGGUUUCUAUGAAGAAUCCUCAAGUCAGCUUCUGUAAAACUAGUCCACAAGUCCAACUUCUGAUGAAGCACUUAAUGAAGCUAUUGUCACAUCCACUCUUUCAUCUGGAUAUGACAUUCAGACCCAAGGAACAAGAAGAGAAAGAAAAAUCCUAUAGCAGAAUCUGUGCAGAAAGACUGAUUGACCAUUUAUCUCAACUCUGUCCAAACUUUUUUGCUCUGAUUGAACAGGAAAUGGAAAAGAGGAGUUGGAGAACCAAACAGAAGACAAGUGAGGAGAACGAUGAAGAAAUGGAGGAGGACAGUAGUGACAAAGUGAGAGAUUGGAAGGAGGAUAAAUUGAUUCCUGAGAAAAGCUUUGCUUGUCUAGCAUAUUUAGUCAUCGCUGAAGGACUUGGUGCUGAUAACAUGCCCUGUGUUUACAGCCACAAGUUCAUGCUCCGGUUUCAUCUGACUUUCAUUAAGUUAUUCUUGGAGGAUCAGCACUCUCUAGUCAAACUGAAAGGAGUCCUUCUUCUAGAAAAACUUAUUGCUGUCAUCCCACCCUUCACCUUCAAACAUUAUGAAUUAGACAAUGAUUAUUACAAAGACAUUUUGAAUUCACUGAUAUCAACCAUGACACAUUGCCAAAAUAAGGAUAUACGCAUAGCCUGUGUUCCAAUAUAUUCUACAUUCUUUAGCAUGUUUACACUUCGAGGACGAUUUCGAUUAUAUGAAAUUGUGUUCAACACAUGUAAGUUUUCUGGAGUUGUUGGGUACACCUUAAGUUUGUAUAAAGAGCAAGUGGACACUUUGCUAAAACAAGGAGAAAAGUGUGAGAAUCUCUUUUUUGGUGAAAACAUGAUCAAAAUUUUCAAACUUGUUUCUGUAAUCCCAGAUGGAGCCACCACUGAUUUAUUGGAGAGUUCCGAUAGAAUUCUCUCUGUUCUGAACUUCAUUCGGUACUUAGUUUUGAGAGAUAAUCCUGCUUCAAAUGCUACAGGUUUUUGGGACCUGUAUCCGAGACUGGAUAAGGAAUUUUUUGAGCCACUCAGACAAGCUAUAAUUCUAUCCAAAGGCCACUACAACUUGGAUUUAGAGGAUGUCAAGAAAGGAAAUCCUUUACCCUCGGAGGAAACUGAGUUCAAGGUCAAUGUUGGUGGAGAGACUUUAGGGGCUGUUUCAAAAGAGCAAAGGAUUCAAGUUAUCGAGUCUGCUCUAAACACUUUUGAUAUGAUGGACAGUAUACUUAGCCGUAUUAUUGAAUUGGCAGAUGGUCAGAAAAGGAUGUUGAAAGAAAAUCAAGCUGAUAGUUAAAUUGACUUUCUUUUUGUGAAACAAAAUUAAAUUAUGCAAUGGAGAUCGUGUCCUGAUCACAUGAUACAAAAAGCAAAUUUAAAGUUAAGAAGAAUUUUAAGAAAUUUUAAAAGUAAUAAAGGUGUAUUAAUACUGUCUGACUGAAAGUGCUCAUUAUCUGCUUUAUAUAAACUUGUAUUGUUAGAAAAACUGUGGUAUGUGUGCUUUAAGAGCUGAAUAUUUUCAAUAAAACAGUUUUAAAACUU